AUGCAAGCGGCUGAGGAUCCCGUUGUGGACCCCGCGGGCUCCGCACCUUCUGGCGCCGUUAGCGAUUCUGUUACUGAUUCCCCGCGGCUGCACUCCGCGACGGUGCGGCGGGGGGCUGAGGGACCACAGGUGGGGAAGCAAGCAUCGCUGUUGGCAACUCGGUGCGAUGCAAACGCGGUGCCUGUGCUGCAAGUUUUGCGAAACACAAGCGCGAAGACGUCGACCUCGGCUCUCGACAUUCAAGAUUCUUCAGUGGAGCAGCAGCAGCAGCAGCAGAAAAAACAUGAUCCGUCCCCCGCGAAGCCAGCGGCUAGCAGUACACUGGGUCUGGAUGGAUGCGGGCCGUACAACGGCGGUGGUGGUGGUGGUGGUGCUCCGUUGCCGGUUGAGGCUCGACGGCGCGGUGGGGCGGACCGUGUUAAGGUUCGGCUGCGUGUGGCUGGUAAAAAACCACCAGGAAAACGUGAUUCAGUGGCAGAUGGCGAUGGAUUAAUGGUGUCCCCGAAGGAGAAGAGUAUCUCAGUGAGUAAUGACUUUGAUGCGGGGCGGCGAAGUGGGGGAGGGGAUUAUGAUGGUAGUCUUGGUGGUGGUGGUGGUGGUGUUGGUAAUAACAGCGACCACGCGCCGGCGUCGAUUCCUUGGCAAAAAAACAAAGGAAGCCCCUCUGCCGACAGGAGCGACAGCGACUUCAAGGUGCCACAGUGCAAACCGCCUUCCGUGGAGGAGCGGAUCAGCGCUAUAAAGGAGGACCAGGAACGGCGCCUGGAAAAAAUGCGACAGAAACUUAUGGCUGAGAGAGCCGACACGGUGGCACCGCGGCCAAAGACACUCACUCGGGUCCGGCAGGGCGGAUACAAGGCAAUUGCAGAGCGCCGAAGUCGUACUGCCGGUGGCAGCGGUGUGCCGCUUGCGAUUGAUAUGCGUGCUUCUGAUCUGACACAGACUGAGAGCUUCGGGAGUGACAAGGGUUCAUCGUUUCCCUCUGGUGUGUCGUCACCAUCGUGUGCGUCACUUCCCACUCCGGGCGUGAUGCAGCAACGCCAACAACAAGAGAUGGAUGGUGAGGAUAGUGAUGGGGAUUCACUGUUGGCGAUCGAGAAGGAUGAUGCUUAG